GCCCGUGCGCCGUAUUAGACGAGUGGUGAAACAAUCCCUCGUAAGAAACAAAAAAACCCACGCUCAAAACACAAUAUACUGUAUUGGGUUUUCUAGUCAUCCUUUUUAAAACAAAGGCAAUGCCAUGGCUGCAAUUCACUAAUACACAUGUUUGGACAUUACAUUGUGUUAUAUUCACAAGUCCUUUUAGCAGUAAAAUCGAUAUUAAAGUGAACAUCGCGUCCGCGUUUCUCAUUGGAGGCUGAUGGAGAGGGACGGUACUAAAAGAGCCACUCAGCAGCGCCGCGCACUACGAUCCUCUGAUUUGCAUCUCGCCUCCUAUAAAAGGAGCUCAACGCGCGAGCGACAUCCACAUUCGCUUCCCGUCUGUUCUGACCUGAAGCUGCUGCCUACGACGCGUCGACAUGCCCGAUCCUCCCGCAUCAAAGAGCGCUGGGCCGGCCAAGGUUCCUGCUCCCAAGAAGGGCUCCAAGAAGGCUGUGACCAAGGCUACGCGCAAGGAUGGCAAGAAGCGACGCCACCGCAGGAAGGAGAGCUACGCCAUUUACAUCUACAAGGUGAUGAAGCAGGUGCACCCCGAUACCGGCAUCUCGUCCAAGGCAAUGAGCAUCAUGAACUCGUUCGUCAACGACAUCUUCGAGCGCAUCGCUUCCGAGGCGUCCCGCCUGGCGCACUACAACAAGCGCUCCACCAUCACUUCUCGGGAGAUCCAGACCGCAGUGCGACUGCUGCUCCCCGGCGAGCUGGCCAAGCACACCGUGUCGGAGGGCACCAAGGCCGUCACCAAGUACACAAGCUCCAAGUGAAGCCUCGACUCCACCAUUCAUUACAAAGGGUCUUUUCAGAGCCACCCACCUCUCCGAACCUGCUUGUACCAGUCCUAGCAGGAGUACGAAACGAAACUUCCAAC